AUGCACACGCACGGUGAUCUAUCGGCCAGUUGCCUGUGGCAGCCGGGCGAGCUGGCCCGGCGCAUGCUCGGCGAGAGGCCUUCGCCCGUGCCGCCCACCAGGGAGCUCUGGCCGCCGCCCCACCAGCCCAUGAGCAUCAGCACCCUGCACGUCGCGUACUCGCAAGACGAGCCCUUACCCCGACGCGCCACCUCCCUACACGAACAACCCUACCUCCCGACCACGGUAGAACGCGACUACCGGCCGCGGCUCUGCACCGUCGGCACGAACACCGACCCGCCGCCGACGCUGCUCGACAGACUAAAACUCAUCGUAAAGAAACCGCAUAAAGAGCCCGUGGAAGACUCCCCCCCCGGUCGGCUCAAGAUCCUGCCACGCGACGAAGGCCUAGAAAUAAAGGAGGACGGCAACGCGGCCCAGAGGGCCCUGAGGGGCUUGAAGAAGGCGAUAACGGGGGCCAGGUGCCGCAUCACGCCCGGCUCAGGGAGCGUGGAGAGCCCCAAGAUCGUGUUCGACACGCCCAAGCCCGGCGACAGAAUGAUGACCACGUUCGGCGCCCGCCCGCGCAGGAAGUGGUGCAGGCUGCCGACGAGGCGGGAGUGCGCACGGCGGCUGCGUGCUCUCAGCGGCUGCUGCGAGCGGCAGCCGCGGCGCCCACCGCGUCGCACGCCGCAGCCGCGCCUCCAGAUAACUCAGGUG